CACAGCGCGGUUGUUCAUAUGGCUUUGGUUUGUGUGUGUUUGUUGCGUUGUUUUAACUGCAAAUCAGCAGCAAGAGUUUUUAAAGUGUCCUAAUCUUCCAGACGGGUUUGUGUCACUAGAGGAUGUGGAUAGAACGUUGCUUAUUUCUAUGCGCUACGCAAGUCAUCACAAUUUUGUAGGUACACCUAUUAAUGGUUAUGUCCAGAAUGUAUGUAUAUUGACCAAAGCAGCAGCAACGGCACUUUCAUCUGCUCAAAAAGAAUUUAUGUCGAUGAGCCCCGCCUACACAUUGAAACUGUAUGACUGCUACAGACCCACCAUGGCCGUUCAUCAUUUCAAGUCAUGGGCUGCAGAUGUCAAUGACUCACUGAUGAUGCUGGAAUUUUAUCCGGACAUGAAUAAAAGUGACAUCAUACCUCUUGGUUACAUUCUUGAGAAAUCGGGCCACAGUCGAGGCUCGACGAUUGAUGUGACUCUUGUCCAAUAUCCUCCUUCUCCCGAAGAAGAGUACCAUCCUGGAAACGUGUUGAAACCUUGCUACAGUUCAAUAUCAGAAAGGUUUGGAGAUAAUAGUAUUGACAUGGGAACAGGAUUUGAUUGUUUCGAUUCACGAGCACAUACAGAUAACACUCUCAUUACCCAACAGCAAAGAAAAAAUCGCCAGUUGUUGCACGAUGUUUUGCAGCGAUACGGAUUUUAUAAUUAUCCUUUAGAAUGGUGGCACUUUAGUUUGCAAGAUGAGCCAUAUGUUGACACAUAUUUCAACUUUCUCGUUUCAUGCAAUGCAACAAUGACAGUUACUACUCCUGCAUUGAGUGAUGUAGGUUUUGUGUAGUAUCUAUGUAAGAUUACAUUUUAUUACUGUGUGAUAGAAUGUAUUGAGUCUUGAAGUGGUUGUUUCAGUAGAUUUUCACACUUGAUUUGAUACAAUGGAGAGUUUUGAUUAUACCAGCAACUAAUCUGCUUUUUUGA